UAGCACUGCAUUAAUCUAAAUAUAUCGAUAUGGGAAAGAAUGACUAGCGAAAUUGCGUCGAUCACUUUCGUAACCUGUUUUGAAGUACAGUACAUAUUUCUUGUACAGAGGUUUUGCAGUUAUGUCAGACAGCAGACUGGCCGUAUCUGAUGCGAAGGUCUGAAAAAACAAGCACACAAACUGUGAUGAUCUCGUGGUAGUGGAUUGUGUCUUGGAGUCUACGACUAGACAGCGGCGGAUUUAUCGUACGUAGUAAGAUUUAGCAAUUUGUGCGUUGUAUUAUAAUUUUAACGGUUACAUUAUUUCUUGACGAUGACUUCGCAGUUAUACACACGAAAGUAAACAAGGUUCGGACUUCUGUAGGGCCCUAUUAAGCAUGACAGAUCUGCGAUUCGAUGGCCGAGUGGUUGUAGUUACAGGAGCUGGUGCAGGCCUGGGUAAAGCAUAUGCCCUGCUGUUUGCGGAGCGUGGAGCAUCAGUUGUGGUGAAUGACCUUGGUGGUGGUCGCCAUGGCGAUGGGAAGAGUAGCAGUGCAGCAGACAGUGUUGUAGAAGAGAUCCGGCACAAAGGUGGCAAGGCUGUAGCCAACUAUGAUUCUGUGGUGAAUGGAGAGAAGAUUAUACAGACGGCUCUGGAAGAGUUUGGACGAGUAGAUGUGGUAGUGAACAAUGCUGGCAUCCUGGACAAGUCAUUCUCCAGGAUUAGUGACGCAGACUGGAGCUUAAUUCAGGACGUACACCUAACAGGUGCUUUCAAGGCAACUCGAGCCGCGUGGCCUCACUUCCGUAAACAAAAGUAUGGACGUGUCAUUGUGACAUCCUCCAAUUCUGGUCUAUAUGGGAACUUUGGGCAGGCAAACUACAGUGCUGCCAAGAUGGGGCUGGUUGGUCUGAACAAUACGUUAGCGAUAGAGGGCAGGAAGGACAACAUCCACUGCAAUGUGAUUGUGCCAACUGCGGCAUCCCGGCUUACUGAAGACAUCCUGCCACCGGAUUUCUUUGCGCAGCUGCGCCCAGAGCUGAUUGCGCCAGUCGUCGCGUGGCUGUGUCACGAAUCCUGUGAGGAGACUGGCUCCAUCAUCGAGUCUGCUGCUGGCUGGGCAGGAAAAUGUUAUCUGGUGCGUUCACCGGGCGGCCUGCUGCGUGCACAGAUGAAUGAGCUGGUGACGCCAGAGGCUGUACGUGAGAACUGGGGCAAGGUGACAGAUAUGUCUGCUGCCGUUAAAUUGGAGUCCAUCCAGGAGGCAUCUGGUACCCUGAUGACCGUUCUGGAGCAGAUGAAGUCGAACUCUGGGCUUUCUUCUGAUGGCAAGAGUGUUGUGACAAAGUUCCAAUACACUCCUCGUGACCUGAUCCUGUAUGCACUGGGAGUUGGUAGCACUGUGACCAACCCAAGUGACCUGAGAUUCCUGUAUGAAGGCCACGCAGACUUCUCUGCGUUGCCGACGUUCCUCGUGUUGCAAGGCGUGUCUGCCGUGAUGGAGUCUAGUGUUACUGCUGAGGUGUUCAGUGGCAGGGAUUUCAAUCCUGCCAGGGUAAGUGAGGUUAUGUCUUGAUAAGCAGACUCUUUUGAGGAUAACCGCAAGGUUCAGCAUCGGUCAUUUCGAAGCCUGCCUUCGGAUGCAACCCUGAGCCACCUCACAAUCUUCUUGCUGUGUUUUCAUCUCUCUAUAUGCAUUUCUUGCCUUCGCAGCUGAACAUGUCCAUAUAUCUUAACGCAAGGCACAUUUUACUGCCUGUGCUUUGUCUAUUACGAAUAUAAUAGCCAGUCUCCAUCGCACUUGACUUGUUUAGUUCACUGUACAUGCAGUGAGGAAGAAAUUAAAAGUCUGCUGGUCCUCAUGGAAUGAAAGCAGAUCCAGCUUCUGCAAAAAUAAUACUGCUGUGGGUUGUUUUUCUGUUCAGUGCAACGGAGGAUCAUUCAGGUCGUAUUCUAUGCUAGUGAAGUUGUAAUUGAGCAGUGUGGUGUGGACUCGGGGAAUGCUUGCUAUCAUUCAGUCCAAAAUGUUUUGUCCUCUCAUCUCACAUCAAGAAAACUAAAGAUACAAAAGUUGUGCUGUAUGGGUGUUAAACUUGGUCUCCCACUUUGAGGGAGGAACAUAGAUUGAGGGUCUUUGAGAACAGAGUGUUUAGGAUAUUUCGACCUAAGAGGCAGGAAGAAAAGUGCAUUAUGAGCUUCACGGACUGUACCCCUCACUUGAUACCGUUAGGGCGAUUAAAUCGAGGAGGAUAAGACGGGCGGGACAUGCGGAACGCAUUGUGGAGGGGUGGGGUGUUUACAAGAUAUUGGUUAGAAGGCCUGAAGGGAGGAGAUUGUGGGUGAGACAUUGGCGUAGGUGGGAUGGCGUUAAGAUGGACCUUUGGGAGAUAGGAAUCUAUGGAGCAAACUGGAUGCAGCUGGCUCAGGUUAGUCUUAUGGCAGGCUUUUGUGAACUCAGUGAUGAACCUUUGGCUUCUAUAAAGAAAGUGUUCUAUUUUUUGAGAAGCCAAGUAUACAGUCAGUUUUUCAAAGAAUAUCCUGCACCAUAGAGAGAGUGAGGAUAGAAUUCACACUGAUUCAGUGAGCUGCACAAAGUGUAGAUGCUUCCCACUGGCAUGCCACUCGGUCAUGUAAACAAAUGACAGUAUUCAGUUGUUUUUGCAGAUAUAUCAUAAAGUAUUUCUUUCUUUCUUU